AUGCCCCAGCUACUACAGUGUAGCAUCCACAGUGUAGCCGAUUUCACACUAGCUGCAUCAUCAUUGGACCAGCUGAAGAAGACAGCAUUGAAGAUCAAGCCCAGCCUGCACCUAAACACAUUGCAACUUUCGCUCAGCAAUUUGCCACACAUCCAGGGCUAUCCCCCACAAGGAGCAUUUGGGUCACUUGUGAAUCUCACCAAGUUUGUAUUUGCAUUCAAAGCUGCUGCUGCAGUGUCAGACAGUUUCCUUCAAUUUCUGGGUGAGAUGGUGUCCCUGGAAGAACUCAUCAUUGUGUUAAGAUCUAUGCAGUCAUCACAUCGCAAGAAAUGUGUCAUUUACUUUCGUGCAAGUUACCAGUACCAGUGCAAACGGGGUGAUUUGCUUGAAAUCAUCAGCGGUGAAGCAAUGCAGCAGUGGUUACAAGAUUUGCCCUCCAUUCCAGAGUUCAUCAUCACAGUAGAUGAGAAUGAUGCAGCUUUCAACAAGGAUUGGUGGACCACAGAGAUCACAAAGAAGCUGCCUGCCUUGGAGGACACCCUAAUGGUGCAUGUUGAUAUUGAUGAUGGGGUGGAAUGGUACAAGAAUUUAUGGAUAGAAGACUUGCCAGCAGAGGCUGCCUCAUCUAUCAAUACUGAGACCAACAUGCACAUCAACUCUGAGCUUGAUGAACUCUCAGCUGUAUCUGAAGACCCAUACCCUGGGAUUGAUGGGAGCAACCAUGAAGAUAAUACAGUCACUGAGGCAGUUAGUGCUUUUCAAGUCAUUGAAUGA